AUGGUAGAAGGAGGUUUCGCCAAACUCCUCCAGAAGAAGCUGUUUUUCCGCCUCGCACAGAAGUAUCAGCCCCUUGGAAGCGGUGAGCCAGAGGAGGAGGAGACCCAUGAGGAGUGUGAGCUGAAAAUAAUUGAGCAGGAGAAAGAGGUGGCAGUUCUGCCCCCAAAAGAUGCGUGCAAGUGCCAUAAAGAAGACUUGGCUAAAGCUUUAAAUGUUGACUUACAAACUGGACUCUCUGAGUGUUCUGUGCUGCAGCGCAGGUUAAAGCAUGGCUGGAAUGAAUUUUCAGUAGAGAAUACAGAGCCAGUAUGGAAGAAAUAUCUGGAUCAGUUUAAAAAUCCCCUCAUUCUCUUGUUGCUGGCUUCCGCUUUAGUAAGUGUCAUCACAAAAGAAUACGAGGAUGCUGCGAGCAUCACCAUGGCGGUGCUCAUCGUGGUCACUGUGGCCUUCAUCCAGGAAUAUCGCUCAGAAAAAUCUCUGGAAGAACUUAACAAACUUGUGCCCCCUGAGUGCAACUGCCUAAGGGAAGGAAAACUGCAGCACCUUCUAGCACGAGAGCUUGUGCCUGGAGAUAUCAUUUAUCUGUCUGUUGGUGACAGGGUUCCUGCAGACCUCAGGCUGAUAGAGGUUACAGAUCUGCUGGUAGAUGAAUCCAGUUUUACUGGAGAAGCUGAGCCUUGUAACAAGACUGACAGUGUACUACUGGAAGCUGGAGACAUAACCACGCUGAGCAAUGUUGUCUUCAUGGGGACCCUGGUGCGAUACGGGAAGGGAAAAGGUGUAGUUAUUGGGACUGGUGAAAACUCACAGUUUGGAGAGGUGUUCAAAAUGAUGCAAGCUGAAGAGACUCCCAAAACGCCUCUCCAGAAGAGCAUGGACAGACUGGGGAAGCAACUGACUCUCUUCUCGUUCGGCAUAAUCGGUUUAAUAAUGCUCAUUGGCUGGCUGCAAGGGAAGCAUCUCCUUGGCAUGUUCACAAUUGGAGUUAGCCUGGCGGUGGCUGCCAUCCCAGAGGGCCUCCCCAUAGUGGUCACUGUCACACUGGUGCUCGGCGUUCUCCGUAUGGCCAAGAAAAGGGUGAUUGUGAAGAAGCUGCCCAUAGUAGAAACCUUAGGUUGCUGCAAUGUCAUCUGCUCAGAUAAGACGGGCACUCUGACUGCCAAUGAGAUGACGGUGACUCGGCUUGUGACUUCGGAUGGAUUCCAGGCAGAGGUCAGUGGGGUGGGAUACAAUGGAGAAGGAAACGUUUAUCUUCUGCCAUCAAAGGAGAUUCUUAAAGAAUUUUCCAACGUCUCAGUUGGGAAACUGGUGGAGGCUGGCUGUGUAGUCAAUAAUGCCAUUAUCAGGAAAAACAGCGUGAUGGGACAGCCCACAGAAGGAGCUCUCAUUGCCCUUGCAAUGAAGAUGGAAUUAGCUGACAUAAAAGAUAUUUAUGUAAGAAAUAAGGAAAUUCCGUUUAGCUCUGAGCAGAAGUGGAUGGCUGUGAAAUGCACACUGAAAAAUCAGGAUCAGGAUGAUACUUACUUUAUGAAAGGAGCAUUUGAAGAAGUGAUUCGAUACUGCUCUCUGUAUAACAGCGGCGGCAUCUCGUUAUCACUCACACCCCAGCAGAAAGCCUUCUACCAGCAGGAAGAAAAACGAAUGGGCUCCUCGGGUCUACGGGUACUUGCUUUGGCUUCAGGUCCAGAACUUGGCAAACUAACAUUUUUAGGUCUGGUUGGAAUAAUUGAUCCCCCAAGGGCUGGAGUGAGAGAAGCUGUUCAAGUCCUUCUGGAGUCUGGUGUGUCAGUAAAGAUGAUAACUGGAGAUGCCCUGGAAACUGCUGUGGCUAUAGGGCAGAAUAUUGGUCUCUGCAACGGGAAGCUGAAAGCCAUGUCUGGGGAAGAGCUUGACCAACUGGCAGAGACAGAGCUAUCAUCCACUGUCAAAAAUGUUUCCAUUUUCUUCAGGACAAGUCCAAAGCACAAACUGAAAAUAAUAAAGGCUUUGCAGAGGGCUGGUGCUAUUGUGUCAAUGACAGGAGACGGUGUUAACGAUGCUGUGGCCCUUAAAUCUGCCGAUAUCGGGAUUGCAAUGGGACAAGCUGGUACAGAUGUCAGCAAAGAGGCUGCCAACAUGAUUCUCGUGGACGAUGACUUCUCAACAGUAAUGAAUGCAAUAGAAGAGGGAAAGGGAAUAUUUUACAAUAUAAAGAAUUUCGUGAGGUUCCAGCUGAGCACGAGUAUUUCAGCUUUGAGCCUAAUUACUCUGUCAACAGUGCUCAACCUGCCAAAUCCACUCAAUGCUAUGCAGAUCUUAUGGAUCAACAUCAUCAUGGAUGGGCCACCAGCCCAGAGCCUGGGAGUGGAACCAGUUGAUAGGGAUACUAUCAAACAGCCACCCCGAUGUAUCACAGAUACUAUACUCAGCAAAUCACUGAUCCUGAAAAUCUUCAUGUCAGCUGUAAUUAUCAUCAGUGGAACCCUCUUUGUCUUCUGGAAGGAGAAUCCAAAAGGUGGCAUAACUCCUCGAACUACAACAAUGACUUUUACCUGUUUUGUGUUUUUUGACCUCUUCAAUGCCCUGACAUGCCGCUCCCAGACAAAGUUGAUAUUUGAAAUAGGCUUUUUCCGAAACCGCAUGUUCUUGUAUUCUGUGCUGGGAUCGUUUCUGGGACAGCUGGCUGUUAUAUACAUCCCUCCACUACAAAAGAUCUUCCAGACAGAGAAUUUAGGAGUGCUAGACCUGCUGUUCCUCACCAUACUGGCUUCCUCCGUUUUCAUCGUGUCCGAGUUCAUCAAACUCUGUGAGAAACACUGCUGCCAAACAAAGCACACAAAGGGAUGUCACAACUGA